AUGGGUGGUAAACACAGGAUUUUACUCUCGCUUUUUGCCAUUCUGAUUUCUGCUGUUAAGAUCUACUCAAAGUUUGAAUUUACCAAUAUAAAGUGCAAUUCUGUGGAUAAAGAGUUUUCGGACUUUGAAUACUGCUAUAUAAAGUCGGUAAAUCGAAGCUACAAAUAUUUGUCAAUUAAAGCUAAUCUCUUUAAAACGCCAAUUACGAAAAUCAAUGGGGUGAUAUUCAAACGAUUUAACGGAUACAACGGCUACAGACCUUUUAUGUUCAAUGUCACUUUGGACGCCUGCAGAUUCUUGAAUAACACCAAGUCAAACCCAAUUGCCAGCUACUUUUUUGAUUUUAUAAUACCUUUCACGAAUAUGUAUCAUAACUGCCCCUUUGAUCAUGACCUCAUUAUCGAUAAAGUGCCUAUUGAUUUUGUUAACCAUCGAGUUACAAAGGUUCUUCCCGUCCCAGAAGGCGAUUACUUAUACGAAACGAAUUGGAUUGCCUACGACAUCAAAAGGGCAGUGGUUAAAGUAUACGGAACUAUAUCCUGA